AUGUCUGAAUCUGACCAGGAGCAAAGUUCACCUGAGCCACUUUCACCAAGAACCGCUGAUAUACGUGCUAGUUUGAGGAGGAAUUAUUGUUCUUCAAGCGCUGAUUCUAAAAGUUACGAAUCUGAAGGUUCAAGCACGAUGGUAGAGAUUCCGAACAACAACAAUAAUGUUGAAGGAGGUGGUGUGCUUGUUGUCCAACCUCGAAAACCCCUGCGUGAGUUUUCUAUUCCCAAAGUCAUCGAUCAACCUUCGUGCAUUGUCUAUCCUCAACUCACAAUUGAUAGGUUUGAGCUUAAAAGUGGUAUGAUUCAUCUUCUUCCAACUUAUUAUGGUAAUACCACUGAGGAUCCUUACAUGCAUAUUAAGAAAUUCUUUGAAAUAUGUGCUACGAUCAAAAUUGAAGGCCUUGAUGAUAAGCAUAUUAAGAUGAGGCUAUUCCCAUUCAGUUUAAAAGACAAAGCUAAAAAUUCUUUCCGGCUCGAAAGACUAACAAGAUUAGAAAGGAAAUCCUUGGUUUCACACAAAAGGAAGGAGAAGCUUUUCAUGAAUGUUGGGAGAGGUUUGCUUGAUUCCGAAAGGAUGAUGGUAGAUGCAACAAGUGGAGAAGGACUGAUGAACAAAACAGCAGAUGAGGCUUUUACUCUCUUUGAAACCUUGAGUGCUAACUCUCAACAAUGGAGCCACAAUAAAGGAAGAGAAGCUCCUAUGAAAGCUGUGGUCUCUGAGGCAGUGACUGGCUCUCCAGGAAACAAAGUGGAAGUUCAAGAUCAAUCUUUUGCAGAGCACAUGCUAGAACAAGCAAAUGCCCUUCAAGCAAGGAAUCCUAAUAAUGAUCCUUACUCAAACACAUACAAUCCGGGGUGGAGAAAUCAUCAUAAUUUCAAGUGGAGCAAUAACUCAAAUAUGCAACAAUCUCAAGGACCUCCCCCAGGAUUCCAAACACAACAAAGACAAUUCUAUCAAGCUCCCCAACAAGUGCAAGAGCAAAGGGGUGAUCAAAUGGGAGAAUUGCAAGACAUGUUCAAGAAGUUCAUGGGGCAACAGAUGCAAACGAAUCAAAAUCUUCAAAAUGCAGUGAACAAACUAGAAGUGCAAGUUGGCCAAACGGAGGUGAAUCCAAGGCAUCAAGAGCAUGCUAAAGCAGUACACAUCUUGAGAAGUGGUAAACAAGUUGAUAAUAAGGUUGGAGAUGCCAAUGAAGAGCAAGAAGAUGGAGAAAACGUGGAGAUCAUUCAGCCACCACAUGGGCAGCCCACAGCUUCCACCAAACAGCCCCUCAAUGCUCCUGGAAAGAGCACAUGCCCUAAGGUAUCAUCUAAUGCUAAUCAAGUUCCAAUUUCAACUUAUGCUUUUAGGCCUAUUGCACCCUUUCCCAGCAGGUUAUCAAAGUCAAAGAAAGAUCAAGGCUUGGAUGAGAUAAUGGAAACAUUCAAGAAGGUGCAAAUCAACAUCCCAUUACUCAAUGCCAUUGCUCAGAUUCCAAAGUAUGCAAAAUUUUUGAAAGAUCUAUGCACUAACAAGAGGAGAUUCAAAGAGCAUGAACAAGUUGCAUUGAGUGAAGAGUUUCAAAAAGCUUUGUUUGAUCUUGGUGCUUCUAUAAAUCUUAUGCCAUAUCAUGUUUAUGAGAAACUUAACCUUAGUGAGUUGCAAGCCACAACUGUGAGCAUUCAAUUGGCAGAUAGAACUAUUCGGUACCCCAAGGGCAUUCUAGAAGACGUUUUGGUGAACGUAGAAGGUUUAAUCUUGCCAGCUGAUUUCUUAGUCUUGGAGAUGGAAGAAGCACCAAUUCCUGAUAAUGAAUUGCCCCUUAUCUUUGGCCGACCCUUCAUGGCUACUGCUAAAACCAAGAUUGAUGUAGAGCAAGGCACUCUCACCAUGACCAUUAAUGGAGAAACUGUUGCCUUCAAAGUGUUUGAUGCCCUGAAGCCAAAUGUUGUACAAGAUUGUUUUCAAAUUGAAGUAUUUGGUAAUCUAGGGAAAGAGAGAUUUGAUGGCCUUCCAUAUUCAGUAGAAUCAUGCUUGCUGAAAAGAGGAGACAAGGAGGAGCAGGGGGUAGCCCACAUGUUCAGUGCUACAAUUCCCACACACAAGAAGGGGCUGCCCAAAUUUAGAGAUGUGAAUAUUCCAAUCAUUCCUACAAUUCAUUGUGAUUCUAUUCAUAAACAGAAAAGGAAAAGAAAAGUAGCAAGGAAGCAAUGGAAAAGGAAAACAAGCUUGGUGAACUCUCUUGCAUUGCAUGAGGCAACCCAAGGUAACGAGGAGAAGAUAGAACGUGCGAGGAAGCCUGCUUGCAUCCUAAUCGCUUCAAAGGGGAGUUUUUCUGAACUCUAA